AUGCACCUGCCCGAAAACAUCAACCCAUUCAUCUAUACCCACAUCAACUACGCCUUUGUGUUCAUCUCCGACACGAACUUCAGCAUCAUCCCGCAUGAAAUCGAUGACCAGGACCUGUCCUUGAGGAUGAACAAGUUCUUGAAGGGCGCCAAUCCCAGCAUCAAAACCUCGUUCUCCAUCGGAGGAUGGACGUUUACCGACGGCGCAAGCAAGUUCACCGGAGGGAUCGAUUACUCCAAGGUGUUCUCCAACAUGGUUUCCACAGCGGCCAAUCGUGCGGCAUUCAUCAAAAGCUGCAUCGCAUGGGCUCGCCAGCUCGGCUUCGAUGGCAUCGACCUCGACUGGGAGUACGUCGGAGACACGAGCCGGGGCGGCUCGACUGCUGACGGCGCAAACUUCUUGACGCUCAUCCAGGAGAUGCGCUCGGCCUUCUCGAACGAGGCGUCCGCGAGUGGCAAGGCGCCUCUGUUAAUCACGAUUGCAGCGCCGGCAGAUCCAGACAAAGCCAACCUGUUUGACAUCAAGGCGGUAUCACAGUACAUCGACUGGUACAACCUCAUGAGCUAUGACUUUUACGGAAACUGGGAGAAUCAAGUCGAUACUACUGCCCCGGUUCAGGACACGAUCCAACCUACGUGGUCCUACACAUCUGCGAUCGAUCUGUACCUCAAUGCCGGUGUUGAUCCCAAGAAGAUCAAUGCCGGCCUGCCAGCAUACGGACGCGUCUGGACACUGAACGACGUCAACAAGAACACGCCUGGCUCACUUGGGACUGGCGGUGUUGCAGGCAGAUGUUCAGGAGAACCCGGAUACAUGGGAUACUUCGAGAUUAUGGAGAUCUUGAAUGUCUUUGACUCACUUGGCCAGGCCCAAUCGCACUAUUUCUACAAGCCAGGCGACGGGGCAUGGAUGACAUUCGAUGACCAAUGGGUCGGGUUCGACAAUGACGAGUCCAUCCGAGACAAGGUCAGCAUCAUCAAGCAGAAAAAUCUUCGCGGAGGCAUGGUAAGUUUGAGCCUCUGGGUUUCUGUGGUGUACAAUCGCAACUGCUUUUGA